UGAAGUGCGUUAUCAGUGUGUUAUCUCUGUCCCUCUUAUCAUGGAGAAAAUUAGUCAGGCGAGGUUAGUUGAGGGCUGGAGUCACUCACAGAAGAUAAAGAUGGCACCAAAGUGUAAGGUAUGUAGCGACUCGUUCGCCCCCGGGAACAAGGAGCCUCUCUCUCUCAAGUGCGGCCACAGCUUCUGCCGAGAGUGUCUCAAUAAGAUCAAGGCCACGACAGGUUCUCUCAAGUGCCCAACUUGUCGUGUAAUCAACGACACCUCGGAUGUAAGCAAGUUGACAGUGAACUACGACCUCAUGACAGCCAGCGUGUCCAGCUGUUCUACUACAAUCCCUGGUGGCAAUUUUACACCCAUGGGUUCAGCUCCUCCUUCCAAGGGCGCCAUAUCUGUCGUAGUAAAGGACCUCACCGACCAGCAGUUCCGCCUCCCAAUCCAGCCCACGAGUACCAUCAAAGACCUGAAGAAGGUUUUGCAGGCGCAGUAUGGCAUUGCCCCAGAGAACACUCGCCUCCUGUUCCGUGGCCGCCGCCUGGAGGACAACAAGACGCUCAACGACUACUGCAUCACGACUGGCAACAUCAUCCAGAUGUCGACCAGAUAUGUGGGAGGAGAUGUUUGCAGGAGACGUUAGGCCGCCUUCCCUCCAACCACUCAUAUUGACACUUGACACACUACACCCACUACAUUGACCCGGGUUCUCAAAGAUUCGUUCGUUUAAUUUCUCACCCACUAGCUGGAAAUAACAAAAUGCAUACAUUUACGGUUGAGUCCCAGUGAAUUUUCGACGCCGUUUUGGCCCCCAUCAUUUUACUAUAUCUUAAUUGUGCCAUUGAACAAAAACUUACAUUUUCUGUAUUGAGAAAUAUUUAACGUACGAAACUCAGAAUUCUCGGUCAGAAUCAUUGCCUUUCAGACCAGCACAUGAUGGCUCGGUUACACACCAGGCGAUACAUAACAUUCAUUAUUAAACAACAUUUAGUUAACUCUUUAUAUUCUACUCUCGAAACAAUGUUAUAUCAUUAUUGGACAAAGUGAAUGUGUCUUAGUAUUGAGUGGAGGUAUAUAAUGUAAGCUAGUUUAUACUGAUGUUCGAGGGUCACGUUGUUCUGUUCACCUCACGUUCUUCACACCUGAUAAUUUCUCUCUAAUUGGCCCUGAUUGAACCCGCGUAAAUUGUACUUUUAACAGCCACCAUUUUUGUGUCGAGGUAUACAGGAACUGACAAGGAGUUACCAGACGUCAGUUGUAAGCUGGGUGAGCUGUGUCAUAGUGUUCUGGUUGAUCCCUCGGCGUUUACUGAACACUGAAACAAUGGUGUAAGGCUGACUCUUAUGUAAUCCUCAGGUCAUAUACCAGAGAAGACAAAUUCUAAGGAAGGCAUAACUGCUGUGGUUAGUCUUACGUAGAUACACCAACCUGACGUCUAGUUCAGGUCACACAUAUGUAACACUGUGUUGUGGUAACACGCAAGUUACAAUAACUAACAAAAUGAAACAACAUUGGUCUAAUGAUCAUCACUACCUAACCUUGAGGACCAGCACUAGAUGAUAAAUCAUUAUA